AUGAACGUUAGCCUGCUAAACGCUUCCAUGGGAAACGUCAGCAUCAACGAAUCGCUGGUGACAUGUUUCCACAAGGACGAUGAGUUCAAGUACCGUGCGUACACCUCCACCUACCUGGUGCUGUUUCCUGUGGCGAUUCUCUGCAACAUCGGAGCGCUGGUAUUCUUUUUCCUGCAGGGAAGCCGCAGAAGCUCCGCCUCCUGCAUCGUCAUGAUGAACCUCGCCAUAUCAGACGGGAGCUUCUCCCUCACCCUCCCACUGCGAUUGGCUUAUUACUACAAGGGCGGAGUCUGGAUCUUCCCUGAUUGGCUGUGCCGACUGUGCGUGUACGGCUUCUACGUCAACCUGUACACGAGCAUCCUCUUCCUCACUCUACUGAGUGUGCUCCGUUGGCUCGCAGUGAACCACCCCCUACGUCACCGCGCUCUGGUCACGCCCCUCAGAACCCUAUUGGUCUGUUUGGGGGUGUGGCUGUGUGUGGGCGUGGCCUCGGCCCCCUUCCUGACCGAGGGGGUCACCCACAGGGGGGGGUCUCUUCGUUGCUUCGAGCCGUCUAGCCCCUCCUCUUGGGGGCGUAUCCUGAUCUUGAACUACCUGGCGUUGGCGCUGGGCUUCCUCUUCCCGUUCCUCACCAUCAUCGUCUGCUACAGCAGAAUCGUCCGGCGACUCACGUCCCGCUUCGACGUCCACAGCGGCAGUCUGUCCGGCAGCAGUCAGUCCGGCAACACCCGCCGACGCAACAGGCGGCGCUCGGUGCACCUGGUCUCCAUGGUGACGGCGACCUUCCUGCUCUGCUUCCUGCCCUAUCACGUGAUACGGUCGCUGCACCUGCACGCCGUCUGCGGCGGCUGGAACUGCACGGUCACGAAGGCGCUGCAGCGGGCCGUGGUGGUGACGCUGUGUCUGGCGGCGUCCAACAGCGUGGUCAACCCGCUGCUGUACUACUACUCCACCAGGACGUUCAGGGAGCACGUGAGGGACGCCCAGUCCUCUAUACGGAGGACCGGGUCCAACAGAACCCGACUGAGCCUGAAGAGUCGCAGGAACACCACCUCAUGA